AUUUUAGGAAUGUAGCAAUGUUUCAUUACAAAGUUGCCAUUUGGUGUGCUUGUGGAAACAGGGGAAGUGGGAGCUGAGGCUUUUCUGACUUGCAGGAGGGAGUCGGUCCAGUUUGGAGAAGCCGGCUUUCCCUCCGGACUCUUCUGCUUUCUUCCAGGGUGGAGAUGCAGUGCCCGGGAGGUGGGGGGCACCCCAGGGGCGGGCAGGGUGGUGUCUGCAUGUCCGGGUUGGUGCCUGGGGCCUGGAUCCGUGAAGACCUCACCUGGCCCCAAGUCCUGCUGCCCCUCCAGUGCCUCUGCUGACCUGAGAUGGACAACUUCCAGUACAGCGUGCAACUCAGUGACCAGGACUGGGCCGAGUUCUCAGCCACCGCCGAUGAGUGUGGCCUCCUGCAGGCUGGCUUGGCCUCUGGGGAUGAGCUCUUGUCCAGUGACCUUGAUCAAGGGGACAGCAGCGGCAGCAGUCCUCCUGGGCCUGCGCCCUCUCUCACUGGGCAGCAGGCUCCUUGGGGGAGGGGCGAGCAGGGCUUCAAGGAGGGCGACCAGCGGGUCAGCAGUUCUUGGUGUGAACCUGUCCUGGCCCUGGGGGCUGGUCAGCAGACACCCAGCACGUCCGCACUCUCGGAAGCUUGGCUGUCCCUCUGCUCGGGUGCCACCCCUCCUGGCCAGUGCUCACCCCUCCUGGGGCCAGUGUCCUCUGGAGACAAGAUGCAGAGGCUUCUGCAGGGCUCUGCCUCUACACAACCUGGGGAGCCCCCUCGGAGUCCUGAGUCCCCUGGCUGCAGCACCACCCCCCAGAGGCCCGCUGAUAGCCCUGGAGCCUCUCCACGGAGCCCCAGCCGGAGGAAGAAGCGUGCUGUGGGUGCCAACUGGGGAGGGCGCUCGGGAGCCCCAGGCCCUGCCCCUGCCCAGCCAGGGUCCCUCCUGCCCACCAUGGCCAGGCCUGAGGAAGGCCUUGGCCUGGCUGGGUCCAGGGGGAAGUGUCCUGUGGCUGGGACAGCAAAGCAGAUGGCAGGAACUGGGCCUGACAAGCUGGAGUCAGACCACGCAGGAGCUCCUAAGCCUGGCUGCAGUCCCCCAGAGCAGGUGUCUAUACCUGUCCCCAUAACUGAGCACGGUACAGACCAAAUGAGAAUGACCCCCAGUGCUGAGCUGCAUACGGCAUCCAAACCUGUCCAGGAGGUUCAUCCGGGUGUCUCAAUGGCUAAGCCAGAUGUGGCUCUGUCUACACCUACUUCUGAGCCUCAACCCAACACAGCUUUGUCUACACCUGCCUCUGAGCCUCAAUCCCAAACGGCUCUGUCUACACUCGCCUCCAAACCCAGACUGGAUGUGGACCUACCUACAGCAGGCCCAGUGGUCAAGCCAGAGGUGGACCCGUCCACACCUGUCUCCAUGGCUGUGCCACCUACAGUUCUGCCCCACUCUAGAUCUAAGUCUGACGUGGCUGUGUCUACACCUGCUCCCAGAACUAACACUACCCCCUCCGCCGUUCCCCAGGCUGGGCCUGAUAUGUUGGAGACGGAAUUUGUUGUAGGGGAGCCCACAGCGGAGGCCCCUGGACCCCACUCAGGGGAGCCCCCCCCAGGCCCUGUCCAAGCCCCCAAGAAGAAGAAAGUGCGAUUCUCUGUGGCUGUGCCCACCGAGGAGCCAAGGUCGGGAGAGGCCUCGGGCUCACCCUCACCAGCCACGGCCCGGCCCUCAGCCCCCAGGACAGCACCUGGGGGCCGCAGGGGGCCCGGAGCCUGGGAUGCGGUGGCAGCUGGGCCCCGGCCCCCACAGCCUCGGAUCCUGAAGCACUUGCCUCCCCCUGCCCCCUCAGCCUCGGUGGGGCCUGGGCCCAGGAGCUGCUUUGCGGUGACCCUCCCUGAGGCCUAUGAGUUCUUUUUCUGUGACACCAUCGAGGAGGAUGAUAAAGGUGCUGAGGCGGCGGCUGCAGACAGCCAGGCCCCAGCUGAGGCCCAGUGGCCGGACAUGUGUGAGUUCUUCUUCCAGGACUGCGGAGCCCAGAGGCCGAGGCACUGCGGGGGCUGCUCCCGGGCCCUGUCCCCGAGAGCCGAGCCCAUGCCAGCCCCCAGCCCUGGAGGCCCUGUGCUGAUCUCCAUCCCCGAGGCCUACGAACACUUCUUUGGGGAAGACAGGUUUGGGGAUGUGCUGGGGCCGGCUGUCUUCCUCCCACCGCAGACCUCAGAGGCCUCCAAGUCGGUCUCUUGGGAGCAGGGGUCUGGGAUCCCAUCCACGCCUGGCCCAGCCACAGCGGAGCAGCUCAGCCUGGCGAUCAGGCAGGCAGGGGAGCUCCGGGGUCCCCUCCCCUCAUUGACCUUCAGCCAGAAGGACAUGUGCCUGGUGUUUGUCGCCUUUGCCACCUGGGCUGUGAAGACGUCAGAUCUGCAUGCCCCAGAUGCCUGGAAAACAGUUUUGCUGGCCAACAUCGGUACCAUCUCUGCCAUCCGUUACUUCCGCCGGCAGGCAAGGCGAGGGCACCGCAGCCGCAGCCCCAGCCCCAGCCCCACCCCAAGGGACUGUGGCCGAGGCCCCUUGGGCUCCAUCCUGAGCAAUGAGCAGAGCCUCCAUUAA